AUGGAUGACGAUUUCACACGCCCGCCCCGGCUUAUGAGCUUCGUUUCUGAGGAACAGUUGGAUGAAGCCAAGAGAACAAGGGGUGAACGGGUUGAGGAUGGAACUGCCCAGAGAGACAGACCUCUUUUCGAGAUUUUAAAAGAAAAUAAAGACAAGAAGGAUGCAGAGUUCAAUGAACGUUUCAAGCACAGACCACCCAAAGCCUUGGACGAUGACGAGACCGAGUUCCUUGAUACUUUAGAGAAUUCAAGGAAGGAAUAUGAGCGAAAGAUUGCAGAUGAGGAAGCCCAACAACUUCUGAGUUUCCAGGCAGCCGUGGUAGCAAAGUCUAGCAUUGUACAAGAGCUUCAGGAAACACCUUCUGUUCCUAUAAUACAGGAACAGAAAUCAUCUGGGAAGAGGAAUCCACCUCCUCGUCCAUUAGGUAUGAUUAUUAAGGUGAAGCCACAAGCAAAGAAAGCUAAAAUUGAUCAGGGAGGUGUUGAAGAACCCACGAACACAGUGACAACCCCAAAUGUAGAUACAGACAAAAAUUUAGAGGUAAUGAAGACACCUAAUAGUGAUACUGAUAAGUCCAGUGUUGUUGCGAAGACAGGCCUUGUUUCCUAUAGUGACGAGAGUGAAGAUGACUAG